ACAGACUGCUUUCUGAAUCAGAGUCAUGGCACAGCUGGACCAGGAAACCCUUAAAUCUUGGGACUCUUCUAGCACAAUGUUCAGUAAUGAUCGAGUUCUUGUAGAUCGGGUGAUAAGCCAGUCCUCCACCAGCUGGUCAUCAAGCCCCAAUCCCAACAGCAGCAGUACAGCAGGCAGCAGUGGCAGUGAGGACACACCCAGUCUACACAGCUGGAGCUCAGGAGUUACCUGCCUGCUGCACAGCUCCAUCAAGAAGCAGAGCCAGGAAGCUUUUCAAACUCAACACCGAAGGGAUAGAGCCUGGAGAAGGUUUACUGUAGCUCCAACCAAUGGGACAGAUCAUCUACAGGCUGAGAACGGAGAGGGCCGUCACCAUAAAGAGCCUCCCCAUGGGAGGGGGUGUACACAACCGGAUUUGAUUAAAACAGUAAAACCAGUGACAGUGCUGGAAGAGAGGAUCAAAGCCAAGCAGAAAUUUUCACAGUUCCUGGAUGAGGUGACGUCCAACGUGUUGAACCGAAAAAGCCUACAGGAAUUUGGAAAACCAUUGCCUCCAUCUGGACUCACCCCCACAAUCCCAAAUCUGCCAGAAGACCGGAAGCAAGUGGUGAGCCCCAGGCUGGCCCUAUCAAUGGCCCAGGAGCAAAAACCUUUAUUUAAGCAAAAGACUCCAGAAGAUGAGACUUCCUUGCACAUGCCACAGAAAAUGUAUCUGGAAACGGACCUUGACUCCAUCGGGAGGGACGAUGACCCACAGAACAUGGGGAUGAAAGCUGUGUCAUCCCCUCAUCUGGUGAUAGACAAUAAAACUUUGAUUCCACCUCCUCCAGAGUUUUGUCAAGGUUUUGAAAUGAAGUUUCCUGUUCGGGAGCUUUGUCACGACUUUCCGAGAUACCCUUACAGAUCUGUCUCAUUGCCCAGAGGCAUUAACAUGCUGUCUGACGAGGAGAUAAACAACAUAGACCCUAUCAGCUCAUUGCUGGAGCAAAAAGAGGACCUGCGGAAGAGACUUUCCUACACGACGCACAAGCUGGAGCUGCUGCAGGGAGAGUUUGACUCCACCAGGCAGUACCUGGAGACGGAGCUGCGUCGAGCACAGGAAGAGUUGGACAAGUUCACAGAUAAGCUUCGAAGAAUACAAAGCAGCUACUCGGCACUGCAGAGGAUCAAUCAAGAUCUAGAGGAAAAGAUCCAAAGAGAUUCGCAGCACCAUGAAGAUGAAAAACGAGCCCUGAGCAGAGAAAUCAUCGUCCUUAACAACCACCUGAUGGAGGCGAAGCUAACAAUUGAGAAGCUGCAAGAGGACAAUGAGCUGUACAGAAAAGACUGUAGCUUGGCUGUUCAGCUGCUGCAGUGCAACAAGUCUCUGUACAGAGAUCAGCUCUCUGAGCUUCCUGCAGAUUUUCAGGAGCGUCUGACCAUGCAUCUGGAAGAUUCUCCUCUCUGCCAUGACUACCCUGACUCUACUUCCCUCAUUGCCAACGUGCUUGAAAAGCAAGAUGAGGCCUGCAGCAGCAGCCAGGCGUCUCGCUCUCCCAGUCCCCAAACCCAGAACCAUACUUUUAUUCUGGAGAGACUUGGGCCAGGAGAGCGCCUGGGGCUUAGAGCAGCCUACAAAUCCGACCUUUACAGCAGCGACACAGCUCUGUACUGCCCUGAUGACCGCCAGCGUGAGAGGAGGCCGAGCAUGGAUGUUCACGGUCACAGGACAUUCCUGUAUGGACCACAGAACUCCACCGACAGCACUCCAGAGGAGGGUUCUGUAGGACUGAGAGCUAGUUUCUCUCAGGAGCAUUUUUCCAAGUUCCCUGCCGCGCUGGCUGGAGGCUCUAGCUCCUACUCCAGCUUCAGUGGAGGUGGUUCUGAGGACAAAGGGAAUGACCCACCAAGCAGUGCAGCUUCCUCACCGCACCACCACUCUCUCUACAUGGAAUGGCGAGAUGCAGGGGACUAUGAGAGAAAGAGUGACUCGUCCUGGGAAAGGGACAGUCCUAGGAGUUUUGGGAAUGCUCAUCCUUUUCAACAGACCGAGUUGAGUCACCAUCAGAAUGGCAGCUCUCCUGUCUACAGUCGUACCAUGUCCUCCUGUUUCAGUGAGCCCUACGAACCGCUGCCUCCCUCUUCCUCCCCAAGUGUUGCUUAUGGAGACAGUCGACGAGGCAGUACUUUGGCCCCUGAGGAGGAGGAGCUGAUUGGUCGAUGGAGACAGCUUAGUGUUGAGGACCUUAGUGCCCACUCGUACCGCAGCCCAGGCAGAGCCUCACCUUAUAGCUUCUCAGAGCAGCACUUUUCUGUCCGCCCCGCCAAAAUUCGCCUCGGGCCGCUCUACAGCAGCUUCCAGGAGGGGGCAGACUACUACCAUCAUGGUGCAGAUGCCAUGGACCCUGUGUGGGUCGCAGCUAGUGCCGAAUGCAGCCCUGGCCUGCGGCAAGCCCACAGCCAAGCCCACCUGUACCGAAGUGAGGACAGCCAGGGGUCAGAGCACAGUCUCUACCACUCAGGCAGCUCCAAAGAAAGAGAGGGCAAUGUUGCAGCUGGAGGUCAGAGCACAGAGUAUGUUGACCCCAGUCCCAAUAGCUCCACUGAGUCUCUCAACCAGAGGUCCUUGGAGAUGGCCGCAGAGCUGCAGCACUAUCAGACAGAGAUGCACAACAUGCCUGCACAGGUAAGCCAGCAGCCACCACCGACUCCACCGCCUCCUCCACCCUACAACCAAAAGUUUGGCACUUUGGGACUUUCCAGAAAGGACAGUCUUACAAAGGCCCAGCUUUAUGGGACUCUUCUGAACUGAAGGACUUUCAAAUAAAGUUUCAACUUUGCCAUGCCAAAAGACACAAAGCCCUGGUUCACCAAGUGAUGUGGCUGCCACCAUUUCACUGAAAAUGGUUUGAAAAAACUGCCAGGAGCAAAAGAUGGAUCUACCGAAGAUUCUGAAGAUGAAUCUACCGAAGAUUGUUUAGGAGCCGUGGCUUUAUGGGAGAAGACUGCAAAUAUUUAGGGGAAGUUAAGGCGAAAACAGCCAGAGAGGAGUUCAUGACACUUUUAAAAUUUAUAGGAAUGUGUGUUUAUUUACGUUACAAAUGUAUAAAAAAAAAAUAAAACUAAAAAACUUGAGUGAUAUAUUUUAUAAGUAGUUGUUGGCAACAAAUUUAUUCAAAAAGUGCAGUUCUUGUUGGUAUUCUUGAAAGCUGUAUAUAUGUUGGAAACUGCCAGUGCCAUGUUAGAAAGGUGUAUGUAAAGCAGAGAUGAGUCUCUACGAGCUGCACAUAGAUUAGUUUCAGUCAUUAUUUUUAAUCACCUGAAACAAUCUUGGCCUUGGAGUGAUUAAUGAAGAAAUCAAUAAUGAAUUAAUCCCUUAAAUGACAAACAGACAUUUCUCUUUUGUUAAUUGAUUUCAGCAGUAUUGAUCAAUGUGAUUUCUUGUUAUUGAUGGAACGUUUUGAGAUGUAAACAUCUGUCUUAGCUGUCAGUAUUUAUUUAUAACAUUUUUUGCAAUUAUGUUGUCUCCUUGAGAGGUUCUCCUGCCCCCUUUCUACCUCAAAUUUGGAUUCCCACACCCACCUAAAUAUCUUUCUUUGGCAAUGAUGCAUGGUGAUAUAUUUUGUUGUUUUCUUCCCUUAAUAAAGCACAGAUUAAAAGUAAA